AUGCCAGUGAAUUCCAUGAAGAAAAGUGAAAAUAAUGGAUUGAACCCUUUUCUUGGUAACAGAGCUACAGCUGGAAACAAGACAACAGGAAAACAUAGGAUGCAUUCAGCAAUUUCCAAACUGAAAACAUGGAUAUCUAAUUCACCUUCUAGUGAAAUAGACUGUUGUCGAAACACAUUGUUUAACAUGAAAAAUAAUAAACAUAAGAGGAGAUCAAUUACAGGCGAGGUUGCAUUUUACUCUUACCUGUCACAUGAUGAGAACAGUCCAGGGCAUCACCAGACAAUUAUUUUUGACAACGUUGUUACAAAUGUUGGUGGAAAGUAUAACAGACACACCGGAGAUUUCCUUUGUCCAGAGGACGGAGUCGCUGAGGGUGCAAAUCAAAUUAGACAUACAACAGGCGUCGUUACUGUAGAGAUCAAUCAGGGGGAUGCCGUGUAUAUCCGUACACAUCCAACUGGCCGUGUGUCUGGACGAAUAGAGAGUAAUGAUUUGUAUCGUUCAUCAUUCAGUGGAUGGAAACUUUUUUAA